AUGUCCUAUACCUACUAUUCCAACGCUCGCUUAUCGCACACAUUCACUUCCAAACCCCGCAAGACUCUCAGAUCACCAAAUCGCGACAUCGCCUUCCGCAACCAAUACAUAGCACGAUCAAAGACAACCCUUGUGCUCAGACCAUUUGGUAGCCCCCAUUCAGCCGUCGCAUAUAAAAUCACAGAAGAAGAUGGAACGCCACAGUUUACGGUGACUGGCCGCAAAUAUACUGAUCGAUCAUGUCGCGAAUUCCGAGAUCAUUCGGGCCUACCGCUCUUCGAGCUGCAUCGAAAAUUGUCAUGGACGAAUAGUUGGUCAGUCAGCUUACCAGGAUGUGACACCGCGACGAUAGCGACUGGCGCUCCGCGAUGGACAUUGGGGAAUACUUCUUUCGGGAAUUUUGAUCUUUCAUUUGAGAAUGCUGCUGCAUUUGGAGGGAAACGCCUGGAUGAGAAAAUGCUCACUUUGCAUAUUGAACGGCAUGGAAAUGCGCUGGCGCUUUUCGAUGUUGUUGAUGGGGAUAGGAAGGUUGCUGAAGUUCGGGAGAGUAUUCAUCAUAAUGAGAAAUUGGCUUUGAUGAGAGGCUCAAGGCAGGGGUAUCGGCCUGCUAUGGAUGUCAUUAUAAUGCCUGGGGUUGAUAUUUCGUUGGUUGCAACUAUUGCUGUUAUUGUAUCCGACUGGGUUUUUGGGUCAAGUUGA